GCGACGCAUGAAACUGACGUCACGACAGUAAACAAGAGCAUGUCGCACAGACAGAGUCAAGCAAGAGAAAUGAACGGUCAAGUGGACGUCGAAGUUGACUACAAGCGGAAAUACAAAAAUCUGAAGAGAAAACUAAAAUUUCUUGUUUAUGAGCAGGAAUGUUUUCAGGAGGAGCUUAGGAGAGCACAGAGAAAACUUCUCAAAGUUUCCAGGGACAAAAGCUUCCUCCUGGACAGACUGCUACAGUAUGAGAGGGUAGAUGAAGACUCCUCAGAUUCAGAUGCAACAGUUUCAUCAGAAAACAGUGAAGGAGAAGGCCCCAGGGAGAGGGAGAGAGAACGAGACGUGGCAAAAAAGCGAAGAAGUAGUCCUGGGGCAUGUCUUCCUUCAUCAUCCUCCCCUCAUCUCUCCCUGCUAUCCCGUCCUGGUGUUAAUGCCCUGCAGUCAUCAGGCUCUGGACCUUACCUCAACACUAUGCCCUUCCCACCAGAGUAUUUGGCUCCCCCAGCUGAACGAAUGAAGAAAGAGAGAAAAACAAAGACGCCAAAAAACAAGAAAGAGACGACGGGGAAGGUUGUUGCACAAAUGGCAGCCAACUACCCAUCAGCCCCCGCAGCCCCUCCAACAGCCAGCGGCCCAUUCAGCUGGGUUCCCAGACAGAUGCUUAGUGGAGAUGCAGCUGAGGAGGAGGGGGAAAGCGACGGAGACAGCGACAGAGGAGAUGAAGACAGAGGGGAGGGAGAUGAGGCUGAACUAGUCAUUGACAUUCCUAAUGAGUGAGCCUGAGUGUGUGUUUAGAUGUAUUUAUAAGCAGUGGGUGGAGGGCUUGUACAUGUGUGCAAAAGACUGAAUGUGACUGUAUGUAUUUCUGUAUUCAGUAGCCUAUUCCACAUUUUCGAAAGAGAGUCAAGCUCCCCCUUGUGGACUUUUGCUUAACAGCAGUAUUGCUGUUAAACAUAUCUCCCACAGAAAUGUGUUUUUUAUAUAUUAUGUUAAGAAUUUAAUCUGUGUAAAAAGUACAAUUUGUAAGCUUUUAAGAAAAAUCUCCUGCCACUGUGAUGCUUGGAUACUUUACUUUGUACACAGCUUCAAGCUGCCUGCUGAUAAUUUUUUGUGUAAACGUGUAGCAAUGCACAACAAUGACUAAAGCUAGGUGUGUCCUUUAAGAGAGAAUGUUUGUUAUUGUCUUGCAUUGUCAAACCACCAUCUCAGAUUUGGUAAUGUUAAAGUACUGUAGUCCAUUAAAGCUGAGUUAGUAUAAUAGAGAUAUUUGGGAGUUUAAAUCGUUGAGUAUUGUUUGCUUCUUAGAAGCACUUUUCACACCUGUUAUUUGAACUUAUACUAUGUUUGUUUUUUUUCAUCAAAUUGUCAAAAAUCAAUGGUUUUCCUUUUUUUUUAAUGGAAAGUUAUAAUUUUUGCACCCAUCAAAUUAUGUGUGUCAGAGAUUAAAAUGUAAAAUGUUAUAACUUUA